ACUCGACAUUUAAAGAUGGCGAAGUGCCUGGCCGCACGCUUGACCGCCCAGGAGGAGCAAAUUCGGCUCCUCUCCGGGGAAAUCUCCACCCUCAGUGACAGCUUGAGCCGGGGCGUGGAUGCCGUCGUCGGCGUUGCUGCGGGGGUCUCCCCGGUGCUGGAGAGCCUGCGGACCGAGAACGAGAAGCUCAAGUACCGGCUGCUGCACCUCCGGAGGGGUCUGCGGGCAGAGCUGGAGGAGGAGGCGCGGGGCGAGAAGCGACCGGUGAAGUGUGGCAAGGCUCCGCAGCAGAGCAACAACAACACCGGCGGAGAGCAGCAGACGGACGGCAGAGCUCAUAAAAAGGUGCAGGUGGCAAACCCGGAUACCAAACCAGGAGACAAGAACCAGAACAAGAAGGAGAAGAAGCAGGAGAAGGGACAGGGAAACGGAGCUGGGAAAGAGCAGAGCUCGCUGCCCGGAUACGUCGCAGAGCGCCUCGGCCUCUACGAGGAGCUGAAGCGGGAGAGCGACGCGCUGCUGGCGAAGAGAGCCGCGGCCAGCGAGCCCGUCGCCGUGGAGCUGCCGGACGGACGCACGGUGGCGGGCAAGGCGUGGGUCACCACGCCCUACCAGUUGGCUUGUGACAUCAGCCAGGGUCUGGCCGACAACGCGGUGAUCUCUCGGGUGAACGGGGAGCUCUGGGACCUGGACAGACCUCUGGAGCGGGACUGCUCUCUUGAGAUUUUGCGCUUUGACCACGAGGAUGCUCAGGCUGUGUACUGGCACUCCAGUGCUCACAUCCUCGGGGAGGCCAUGGAGAACUUCUAUGGCGGCUGUUUGUGUUACGGACCCCCCAUUGAGAACGGCUUCUACUACGACAUGUUCCUGGAUGGACAGAAGGGGGUGUCCAGCACGGAGUUCGGGGACCUGGAGGCUCUCUGUAAGGCCGUGGUGAAGGACAAACAGCCCUUUGAGAGGCUGGAAAUCAGCAAGCAGACCCUGUUGAAGAUGUUCAAGUACAACAAGUUCAAGUGCCGCAUUCUGAAUGAGAAAGUCAGCACCCCCACCACGACAGUCUACAGAUGCGGGCCCUUGAUCGACUUGUGCAGAGGUCCCCAUGUCAGGCACACUGGCAAGAUCAAGGCCAUGAAGAUCUACAAGAACUCCUCCACCUACUGGGAGGGCCGCUCCGACAUGGAGACUCUGCAGAGGAUCUAUGGGAUUUCCUUCCCCGACGCCAAGAUGCUGAAGGAGUGGGAGCGUUUUCAGGAGGAGGCCAAGAGCAGAGACCAUCGCAAGAUCGGCAAAGAUCAGGAGCUGUUCUUCUUCCACGACCUCAGCCCCGGCAGUUGUUUCUUCCUGCCGCGCGGAGCCCACAUCUACAACACACUCACCGAGUUCCUCAGGGACGAGUACUGGAGGAGAGGCUUUCAGGAAGUGGCCUCCCCCAACAUCUACAACAGCAAACUGUGGGAGACAUCCGGCCACUGGCAACACUACAGCGAGAACAUCUUCUCCUUCCCCGUGGAAGACGACGUCUUCGCGCUCAAGCCCAUGAACUGCCCCGGGCACUGUCUGAUGUUCGGCCACAGGCCUCGCUCGUGGAGGGAGCUUCCCUUGAGACUGGCAGAUUUCGGGGUCCUCCACAGAAACGAGCUGUCGGGGACGCUGACCGGGCUGACCAGAGUGCGGCGUUUCCAGCAGGACGACGCUCACAUUUUCUGCACGAUGGACCAGAUCGAGUCAGAGAUGAAGGGCUGCCUGGACUUCCUCCGCUGUGUCUACGAUGUGUUCGGGUUCUCCUUCCAGCUCCACCUCUCCACUCGUCCGGAGAAGUAUCUGGGCGACAUCGCUGUGUGGAACCUGGCGGAGAAGCAACUGGAGAACAGCCUGGUCGAGUUCGGGGAGCCAUGGAAACUCAACGCUGGAGACGGGGCUUUUUACGGACCCAAGAUCGACAUCAAGAUCAAAGAUGCAAUCGGACGCUACCACCAGUGCGCGACCAUUCAGCUGGACUUCCAGCUGCCCGUCCGCUUCGACCUGACCUUUAUGGGGAAGGACGGGGAUGACAAAGCCCGACCGGUCAUCAUCCACCGCGCCAUCUUGGGCUCCGUGGAGAGGAUGAUCGCCAUUCUCACGGAGAACUACGCAGGGAAAUGGCCUCUAUGGCUCUCUCCCCGUCAGGUGAUGCUGGUGCCCGUCAACCCGUCCUGUGAGGAUUACGCCAAGAGGGUGUGUAAGCAGUUUACGGAAGCUGGUUUCAUGGCAGACGCUGACCUCGACUCCAGCUGUCUUCUCAACAAGAAAAUCCGUAACGCUCAGUUGGCCCAAUAUAACUUCAUUCUUGUGGUCGGGGAGAAGGAGAGGACGACGGGCGGCGUCAACGUGCGCACGCGGGACAACAAAGUCCACGGAGAGCUGUCUGCGGCCGAGGUGCUGGCUCGCCUGAGCCUGCUCAAACAAAGCCGCUGUCCCAACGCAGAGGAGGAGUUCUGAUCGGCACCGAGGAGGACGGGCCGCGUCACGUCGGAAACACCUCAAGAUCACAGACGCGAUGGCGGCGUGAAAGAGCCGGUACAGUGGAAGUGGAGAGCGGAAAUCACAGACGGGGAAACGGAUGAGCUGAAAGGGAUCAUGUGUGAAGGGGUUUAAAAAAAGAAGAAGAAAGAGACAAGUUUGUUUACGUGGUGUGGGUAUUAAAUGAAGUCUGAAGUUAGUUGAUAAUCGUUAAGGAAAUAUUGUGAUCAUGAAGGUGAAUUUGGCACAGAUUGUUUUCUUCCAAAGGUGAACCUCAGAAAUAAAAAUGAAUCGAAACACGCAA